AUGCGUCACGGCAGCGCCUUCGACGUGCGCAGCUCGUACAUCGCUGCGAGCAGCGGGGUGCGGCGCGGGACUGGCGCUCUGGCCGGGAGCGACGACGGCGGCAGCGCGGCGCAGCAGCAGCAGCACGAUCAUGACUCCUUUCUCGAGGCGGAGUAUGUCCCCAACGAUGAGGAGUGCCAGCAGCUCGCGGCGCCCAUUGCCGAGUUCCUCGAGCGGUGCACGAGCUACGACAUGCUCGGCACCUCGACACAGGUGGUUGUGCUUGACGUGGACGUCGCACUGACCGUCGCCUUCAUCGCGGCGCAGGAGACACGGCUCAACACGUGUGUGCUGUGGGACCCCGUCGCGCGCGUCUUC